GACAGGCCCUGUCAGUUUGGUCUGUAGCUAUUAAGCUGGGUGUAGGGAUAAGUGUUUGGUUCUUCUUAUUUUAUGCUUGUAGAAAUGGCCUCAAUUUUCUUUUCUUUCAGAUUGGUUUUAGCAUCUGGUUUUCUUCUUCUGCUCAUUACAGAGGCUGGCUGUCUUUGCCUUUCUCCCUCACAUCUGGAAUCUAGCCAAAAUGCACCAGAACAAGAUGCUUCUAACAUUUGAACCCUUUUGUAAGCAUGCUGAUUGCAACUUGGAUAACUUCAGUUUAAUCCAAGGUGGAAGCUUUCUGCUGCUUCAGAGAAAAAAUUAUACUAUGACCUCCAUAAGACAUGAAGGAACAAGCAGUGCUGUCUUUCCUCCUCAUUUUCAUACAGUCUCUUUGUGGAUUUCAAGAUACAUUUUUUUCAGUUUUAUUCAAUCAUAUUAGUAGUAUGAAUGAUCAAAUUGUCAUUGGAAGAUGUAAUGAAGAUAUAAUUCUCCCUUGCUCAUUUGACAAUGAGCCUGAUGUUGUAAUUCACUGGAAGAAUCAAGAUAACUACAAUGUUCACAGUUACUACAAAGGAAGUGACCAUUUGGAAAAACAAGAUCCCAAAUUUGCAAACAGGACAUCUCUCUUCCAUAGCAAGAUUCAAAAUGGGAAUGCCUCUCUGUAUUUUAGAAGAUUAAGUCUUCUGGAUGAAGGAAUUUAUGUCUGCUAUGUGGGAACAGCAAUUAGACAGAUCACAAGGAAAGUGGUGCUAAAAAUUGGAGCUUUCGUUACCCCUGUGAUGAACUACAAGAAGAACAACACAAACAGCUUCCUGGUGUGUAGUGUGCUAAGUGUUUAUCCUCGUCCACACAUCACAUGGAAAAUGGACACUGCAUUUAUCUCUGAAAGCCAAACAGAAGAAAUGGGGUAUUUGGGUCCUUUUUCUAUUAGCAGUACCCUGAAUAUCACAGGAUCAAAUUCAACUUAUGAAUGUGCAAUUGAAAAUCCGUUGCUGAAACAAACGUGGACAGGGCGAUGGACACAGGAAGGUGGACUUUGUAGAAGGCAAAGUGAAUACCUUUCACUCCCAUGUCAAGGUGUAAGAAACUUUUUUCUACCAAAUGAAGACUUCAUAGUUACUUGGUCUAGAGUGAAAAGUGGGAUUUCCUCCAUCUUGGGUUGCUAUCUGAGCUCUGCACGAAUUACAAUAAUCGAUGAACCCCGAUUCUCUUGGAACAGAGAGCUGGUAAACCAGAAUGACUUCUCUAUGACUUUGACAGAUCUUAGUCUUUUAGACAGUGGGGAAUAUUUGUGCAAUAUUUCUUCAAGAGAAUAUACUUUACUCACGGUCCACACACUGCAUAUAGAAUCAAGCCAAGAAAUAGCUUCCUGGAAAAUACCUGUUCUGGUGGCUCUAUCAGUUUGGGUGUUGCUUUUGACUUUGAUAGUAAACUUUCGUCAUAAAUGGAAAAGAUACCUCACAGAAAAAUAUUGUGUCUCCACUAAUGAAAAUACUAGUAAUGACGGUAAUUCAGAAGUGCAGAGGGUAAGCCUCUUAAAGCCAACAACAGGAACUGAAGACAGAUUGUGAUGAGCAUCCAUAAUAUACCGUGAUUUCAUCUCACCUUUCUUCACUGCAAUCCCAGGCAUUAGCUUGUCAGGUCUGACAGUUUUAUCUUGGCAAAGACUGAACUACUAUUCUUUUCCUGUGCUACGGUCUGAAUGUGUCAUCAAUAAUUCAUAUAAUAUAAACUUAAUUGUUAAUGAAACUGUUGGGAGCUGGGCCUAAUAAGAGAUAAUUUGGUCACAAGGGCCCUGCCCUCAUUGUGGGAGUGGGUUAUUGCAAGAAUGAGCUUGGUCCCCUCAUGCUUUUGUUCUCUUGUCCUCUGCCUUCUGCUAUGGAUACAGCAAAGAGGUUCUCAACAGAGGCCAGCACCUUGAUUUGGACUUCCCAACCUCCAGAACUGAAAGAAAUAAAUACGUUCUUAAUAAAUUACCAAGAGUUACAUAUUACAAGACAUUACAUUCAUUCCUCAAGAUACAUGCACCAUGACUGACCCUCCCACCUGCAUUAGAUUAUGAGUAUAUAGAUGUAAAGUGUCCUAACUUGACUUAGAAAAUAAUUGUAUUAUUUACACUCCUGAUGCAGUAAGCCCAGGAGAAUGCAGUGAGUUUCCACCUAGAACUCAGGAAUGUACUACCAGGGUCUGAGCCAAAAUCUGAUCAACUGAUAAGAGGUAAGAGCAGUAGGAACAGAGGUCAUCUCAGUGAAAAUAUGAAAAGUCAGGACUGGAAAGCAAGACAACUAAUUUGAUAUAGUAUACCCUAUGUUUAUAUAAAUGGUUGUAUGUGCAUAACCCACAAAAUUUAAUAUGCUAAGUCUCAGGAAUCCUGAAAAGUACAAAUCUUGAAUAUCUUCAAGAAUAUUUAGGGGAAAAGGUCCUGUCAAGAAUGGACAUAUCUGGAGUCAGAAUCUCAUGGUCAAGUGAUCCUGACCAUGAACAUAAUUUGAUGAACUCUGUCUCAGUUGGCAUAUUGUUAAUCAACCUUCUAAUAGAUACAGAUUUAUUAUAAAUUUAAUACAUGGAGUGCUUAGCUGACUUUAUAAUCUAUUCCCCUUAAUAUUAGUCAUCAAUUUAUAGCAAAAAGUCUAAUGUUAAUAUUUGUGAAUUUGUCAAUAUAACCAGACUUUUUGUGACUUAGCCAAUCAGUGUUGGCCCUAUAGCAUAUUAAAAAAACACUGAAGUGU